GAGACGGUGUAACUUCUCGGUGGGAGUCAGUUCUGUUAUAGUAGGCCACGAGGCAGCAACGACUCGUGUUCCUGCAGGCCUCGACUCUCUCUUUGCGUUCAUCGAAAGAACUCGCGUUCGUCAUCGUCUACGAUCUUUCUCUUUUUCUCUUAUAUAGAAAAAAAAAGAAAAAGAAAAAAAAAAAAAGAAAAAAGAAAAGAAAAAAAAAGAUCUCGAUAGAUACGAGAAUUAAAAGGAAAAAGUUUUCCCAGACGCGUAGGCAGCCAUUUUGGAGAACGCGAAAUUCGAUCGAGGAGGAUCGAGUGAAAGAGAAGAAAGUGUCCAAAUGGAAUUUUAUCGAUAUACGAUGACGACGAUAGCCAUUUGAUAAAAAACACUUUCUUCCUCUUUUAUAUACGUAUACAUAGACACAUAUAUAAGAUCGACGACAAAUAUUCGUUAUUUAGGAAGUGAAAAGAUCGAAAUCGAGAAGAUCAAGAGAAGAAGAUUUCUCGGAAAUGUUUUGAGUUAGUCUCGAGCUAAGGAAGCGCGUGCGUGCGUGCGUGCGUGCGUACUCUCCUUCUUUCGAAAGAGAAAGCAGACGUUCGUCGAUCGAUUUUUUCUUCUUCUUCUUCUUCUUCCUCCUCCUCCUCCUCCUCCUCCUCCUGCUCCUGCUCCUCUUCCGUCUUCUCCUUUUCCUCGAGUCGCUGAUUUUUUAAUCUCGAAAGAAAUCUUGCGAUUUUUCUCGAAAGAAAACGUCAUUGACUUGAAAUUUGCAUUAUACGAUAUUAAAUUCGUUUAGAUCGACUUUACGAUUCGCAUUUGUCCGUAUAUCGACGAAGAAUGAAAGAAUCCUGAAGGACGCGACGACGUAUCGUUUUUAUUCCUUCUCGAAGAUCUCGAUUUGCUCGGUUAUCGAUUACCAUCGACAAUGGUACUUUGAUGUACACGAUCUAUCGUUACUACCGCGCUGAUCCAGGAUCCGUGCGAUGAUCGGCAAGACAUUAUUAUUGGUCCUUUGGAUACUUCGAUGGAUCAGCUUUCUCGGAGAUCGCACGCUGGCCGAGGCAUGGCCGACGAGCCUCGACGAGUCACUCGACGAGAGAAACGAUGCAGAAAUUUUUCGAGCAGUCGUCGAAUCGAUGAGGGAAUGGUCGCUUCACAAACGCGAACGUCAUAGAAGCAAACGGGAAGUGUCAAAGGUUUGUUACGAGGACAUUGGCUGUUUCGAAGAUACCGGACCCUUUAGCUAUCUCGAGAUGUUACCUUCACCACCAAAGGACGUUGGUACCAGAUUCCUGGUUUACGGUAGCAGAAAGGCAAGAUCGAUACCUAUGGAAGUACCUGCCGAAGAUAUAAACGAUAACGCUCACCGUGCCAUAGAUCCCGAUCUACCGACCAAAGUUAUCGUACACGGCUUUGGAUCUAGUUGCGAUCACGUGUGGGUUUACGAGAUGAGAUCGGCGCUAAUGACCGUUCACGAGUGUAACAUCGUGUGCGUAGAUUGGGGCCCAGGAAGUGCCGUGCCAAAUUACGUUAGGGCAGCAGCUAAUACUCGACUGGUAGGACGGCAAUUGGCCAAAUUGAUCCGUAACUUGGAAGUUCCCCAAGAGAAGGUACAUUUGAUCGGCUUUAGCCUUGGUGCACACGUAGCUGGUUUCGCUGGAGCAGAACUUGGAAACGUUUCUAGAAUCACCGGAUUGGAUCCAGCUGGGCCACUCUUCGAAUCUCAAGAUCCCAGAGCCCGAUUGGACGAGACAGAUGCCAAUUUUGUCGACGUGAUACACAGCAAUGGUGAACAAUUAAUACUCGGAGGACUUGGUUCUUGGCAACCAAUGGGUGACGUUGAUUUUUAUCCCAAUGGUGGAAGAAUGCAAACUGGCUGCUCAAAUAUUUUCGUCGGAGCUGUAUCCGAUAUCAUCUGGUCUGCCCCGGUUGAAGGUAGAUCUCUCUGCAAUCAUCGGCGUGCUUACAAGCUCUUCACCGAUUCCGUCAGUCCAAAAUGCCGUUUUCCUGCGUUCCCCUGUCCUCGUGGCUACGAUGGUCUUCUAAAGGGUGAUUGUUUUCCUUGCAACUUUAAUGGCGAAGACAGGCCUUGCGGUGACAUGGGUUAUUACAGCGACAAAUUGCCAGCCAGAGGUCAGCUUUAUCUAAUAACGAGAGAUGAAGAACCAUUUUGUGCUCAUCAGUACAAAGUGAAGGUGUACAGUAGCCGCGGCGAAAGGCCAACCAGAAGUUAUGGCAAAUUGCAGAUAACGCUGAUCGGCGAGGGAUCCUUCAACGAGAGCUUUGCCAUGACACGAAAAGAUGAAGAACUUCUAGUGGGAGUUACGCUUCAAAAGAUCGUUGUCCCUCAUCCGGCAGUAACCAACAUAGAAUCCAUCGAGAUCAAAUAUACAGCGUACAGUGGAUGGUUAUCGUCAGGCCUGGUUACUUGGAGUAUAGACAAGGUAGCGUUGGUCGAUAGCUUCGGUAAAACGUUAUCGAUAUGUAAAAAAGGUUUAAUCCUUGAGUCUGGACGGGCCAGUCAUCUACCGCUCUAUCCGGGUGAUUGUGAAGUACCUGUUGAAGGAGAAAACAUUACAAGUCCUAUGAUAGUUCCAUUGGAACGCAUGGUUCAAGACAGACAAGGCGGUAUAGGUCCCUUCACGAAGGAUCAGAAUUAUGAUAUUAGAAAUGCUUAUUCUAAUGAGUUCACAUCGAGGAAGAAACUUAACUCAAAGGGCGUUGGUCCGUUCACGAAGGAACAAAAUCUUAGAUCGAUCGAAGGAUCCAACGAAUAUGAGAACUCUGACGAUCCUCCUGACAAUUCUUGGAAAAUCGUUGAUAUUUCGAACGACGCCGAGUCUAAUUCUUUGGAUAAUAGCGAAACCGAAGGUGGAAGAAGUUUUUCCGGCUCGAAUUUUAUCGAACGAGUUUCGCCAUUCACCGAGAUCACCGCUGAAGACGUCACAACGAAACAAUACUUGCCAGAAAUUCGAGAACCCGUGUUACGUUCUAACAAGAAAGAAUCUGGAAGAUCUCUAAAAUUGUCUGAGAUCACCGAACCAAUUUUGAGACCACGCUCGAUGAGACAGAACCUAACUAGAGGAAAUAUUUCCUCGGACGAAGACAGACAAGACGACGAGAUUCAAGAGACCUCGUCGACGUCUACCAGAGGCUUCACCGUACAGUUUUUACCAGAAAGAUUAGCCGGAAUACUUGCACAAGCCGAAAAAUAUGCCAGGCAAACGUUGCUGCCAUUGAUUUCACAAUACACACCUAGUUUCGUGGGUGGUUUACCACGUCUAGAGGAACCUAAAUAUUUUCCACCGUUGGGCGAUAGGAUGGAUAACAAAGAGUUUGUCGAAAGUACAGUAAGAUCGAGGGAUCAACAUGCAAAACAGUUGGAUAUACGAAAAGAGGGCGUCGAAAAGAGUGAAGAGAAGGACGAGGAUGGUAUUGUCAUUGAUCAAACGAGCUCACUGAAUGGCAUAGAAAAUAAAGAGGAUAACGUAACCGUAAAAAGAAAUGAAGGUAACGAGUGGGUGCCGAUCAAGGAACCGGAUGCCGCGAUAUCUCGGAGAAACUCUAACCUGUCUCGAUCUUUUGACGAGAAGGAUCAAGAGAUGGUUGCUUCGACGAAGAAAUUAUUAAACGAUUGGGUACCGAUAACAGAGAAUAUGCGCCAAUCGACGGAUAAUCCUGUUAAAGAGGAUCUUUUAGGAUCUACGAGUUCUUCGACGGAUUCUGAGGAUUCUAUAAUAAUUACUGAAAGACCAACGUUCGACGAUCAAACGAAUGACGAACGUAGGUUCAUACCAUUGAUAGAUUUUGAAAAUUCGAGCGAUUUUUUUCCGUCGACCAGCGCAAAUGAGAUUGCUGAGUCUCGCUCAACGAGUAGCCCAAUGGUUUACACGUCGCACAUACAGAAGAUUCCAAGGUCGACUUUGGACAAGAAGAGGGAACCUAAAACAUUCCCAAGGAGAACGAUGAUCUUUCCUUACGCUUACGAAAGAAGAAAGGACCCAAGAACGAGGUACAUACCGUUGAUUCCCGAGGAGGACAUCGGUAGAUCCAUAACGUCCAUCGAAAGAGAUCGUUGAUGAUCUAUCAUUCGGCCAUAAUUAGAUUAUUACGAUCCUGAACUAUACCUAAGAUGUUAAAUUCGAGCGCUAAACGCUCGUUCAGAUACGUACUUGUUGAUGUUAAAAUGAACGCAAGUGCCGAUCAAUGAUUUUUUUAUCGAAAGAGAGCAAAUUUUUUUUUUUUUUUAUUUUUGUUAUUUAUUUUUCUUUUCUUUAUUUUUUUUUUUUUUUCGUUUUUUUUUCAAAUGGCACUCUAGACGCGUUCAUCGAUCGUAUUCCAUUCGCUUCUUGCAUGUAUCAUUAUAGAAAUUAUUAUAUUUGUAUUAUUUCUAUACACGAGAAGACAACUAAUUGGUCCUUUUCAUAAUUUUAUAAACUUGCGUUCGAAAGUCAAGAUAUGCGAACAUUCAUAAAUUGAUUGUCACCAGUUUGUUCAUUAUAUUCCUUCAAAAGUGAUUAGCUACUAGUCUGCCAAACGAUCGAUAAAACGACCAAGGCCUCGUCGAGACCACUUCGGGAACCUUUAUUCUGAUAAAAAGGAUAUUUGCAAGGUAAUCCACAGGGAUAUUGUUGUUUUACUUUUUUUUUCUCCCCCUUUCUAAGACUACGUUUUUCAUUUUUUUGUUUUGUUAACUCUUUAUCGUUCAUCAAUGAAAAGAAAAGUUUAAACGACCAGGUCGACGAUACUCGAUGGCUUUAGAGAAAGGCUAUAAAAGUUAUUUGUUUGUCUUACUUUCUUUCCUUUUCUUCUAUUUUCUUUUCUUUUGGUAAAAAUUGGGAGUCCUUAGUUUUAUUACUCUUGUAUAUAGGAAUCUUUACAAUAUAAUAUAGUUUAUCUAUAUAGAGCUCCACCAAAAUUCUCUCUUUCACUUAUUACCGAUUAAUUGUUACAACUAUUAUUAUCUUCGUCUCACCACACCAUUUCUCAUUGUUUACUCGACUUUUUUUUUCUUUCAUUUCCAUAUCAUCGCACAUUCAUAUUCGACGGACGUUCGUCGAAAAACUUUUGUAACGCCUUUUCAUCACUCGUCGUAAAAAUGUCUGUGUUUUGUAACGAGAUUUAUACGUAUUCUAUGUUUUUACUUAAAAUAAAUAACCCUUUUUCUUUUC